AUGGAGAUGCCAGUUCCGGUACAUGUUAAUCGAUUUGUGAAUUCUUAUUAUGGAGACCAAUUCAAGGAAGUACCUUACUCAGGUAGCUAUGUGUCGGCCUGUAGCGACUUUGGAACCCAUUUUCAAGGCCAGGAAAACAGUUUUAAGAAUAACAACAACAUCAGCAUUUAUAGUAACUCCAGCUGCAACAUCCGCAGUUCAUUCCACUUUGCUGAGGAGGAAGCAGAUCUGCUGGAACUCGGGCAAAACUGUCUCAGAAACGGUGAAAUUAUUGAAAGUCCCAGUCUUCAUAUUGGUGAUACUAGACUGGGAUCACAAGAACACAACAAGAAGCUAGAUCCCUAUUCCCCACUGUGCAUGGUUCCACUACCCGGACACUUGAUAGAGACCAACUUCAUUCGCCGCAGAAAUGAGAGAGAGAGGGAAAGGGUCAGGUGCGUCAACGAAGGUUAUGAUAGACUGAAGGAACAUCUGCCAAUCGUAAACAAAGACAGGAGAAUCAGUAAGGUGGAAACACUUCGCCGUGCCAUCGAAUACAUCAGAGAACUGCAGACGCUGUUGGAGGAGACAGAGGCAACAUUUCACUCGCUAUCUAAUUCAUGUUCAGACGAGACACUACUUUCCCAGCGUAGGAAGACAUAG